AUGGCUAACUCACAGCUGGACUGGACGGACUUAGAGCACGAUAGUGGUAUUGAUCAGGCAUUGAUGCGGAGAUGGCACGAAGCCCUUGAGAGAUGCAAAGCAAAACUGGAAGACGAGGAUCGCAAGAUUGCGGAAAGUUUCCGAACUCCUGAUGCCAUUCUGCGGGAUUUGGAACAUGUUCAGCGCCAACAGCAGAACGAUAACUGGAUGGCUCACCUCGGGUUUCAGCUUUCUCCCUUUUUGAAGUCUUUACAGGCUUUCACUACUUGCUUCGUCAUUUCUAUGCUGCCACAUUCUGUUGAAACAUCCUUCGCCUGGGGUGUUUUCUCAGUAGUUCUCCGAUUGGUGUACAUGACAGAGCAGAGAGCACGGAAAGUCUCGGAAAUACUGAAUUCACUUCGUAAGGUUUUGCUGAAAGUCAACCGGUUCGCUGGAGGACAACUCGCAAAGGAGGAAGAGGUCAAAGAGGCGCUGGUUGAGAUUUACGUCAGACUGCUAGAAUUCUGGGUAAGACUGGGGAAGGAGCUCCGAAAGGACCCGAAUGGAAAAUUGCCGCAUUCGACACUAAAAGAUAUCACCGGCGCAUUGACUCAAACCUUGGUCGACAUCGAAGCGAGUUACGAUGCAAUGCGGGAACUGGCAGAGUACUACCAGUCUUUCAAGAUCGACCAGCUACAGCACGCCCUCGACGAUGGCUGCGUCACAUUCCCCGUGUUUCUGCUUCCUAUACCGGAGAACCCGCAGUUUUUCGGCCGCGAGGCUGAGUUGAAACGGAUGCAUGAGCACCUUGAUCCCAAAACGAGAGGCUCUCGUCUGCGAUGUUUCACAAUAUAUGGCAUGGGAGGGGUCGGGAAAACCCAGAUUGCUGCUGCGUAUGCAUACCGAUACGGCCAUUCCGACGACAACAAUGCUUAUAAGGCUGUUUUGUGGAUUGCAAGCGAGAACGACGCCUCUAUGCGGAAGAGCUUCAUCGACAUUGCGUUGGCACUUCAGCUUCCUGGAAUAUCAGUGGCGAGCAGUCCCGAGCUGGUCAUUCGCACGGUACAAGACUGGCUGAAGAAAAUAGACGAGGCUUGGCUAUUGAUAUACGAUAAUGCCGAGAAAUGGACUGAUAUACACCCUGGCUUUUGGCCCCUUCCAGGAACAGUCGGCUCCAUCAUUGUCACUAGUCGGGAUUUUGCUUUGGCAAACAGCCCUGCAAGUGACGGCAUAGAGUUAACGAAACUGAGCCGCCAAGAGAGUCGAGACUUCGUCGACUCAUUAUUGAGAGACUGGGAAUCCGAUUCCAAGGAAGAACAGGAGGCCCUUGAUCAACUUCUAGCUCAGUUGGACGGUCUCCCUUUGGCGCUUCACCAGAUCUCAAGUUUGAUCUGUGCGGAUGGCUCCUCAGUGAGAGACUUCCUUGAGGACUACAACGAACACGCGGAUGAAGUUCAUCAAGACCGAGCUGGUGGACAUAGCCCUUACUAUCCACACUCGAUCGAUACCGUUUGGUCAUUGACUUGUCAGCGCAUCUCGAGCUCCGAAACUCCUGAAGAUAGUUUUCUUCUGGGGAUCAUAUGCGUCCUUUCGCCGGAUGGCAUACCAGAAAAACUCUUCCAGCCUCCCAGAGACCUUCAGGUGCCCGGUGAUGAUGCCGGACUCUGUGCAAAUGGUAGAAGGCUGCGACAACACUUGAGGUCCCUCAGAUCCACCGGAAUGAUUAGCCUGUCGAAGAGCUCCAUUCGCAUUCACCGUUUGAGUCAAGCAGCCUUCCUCAAGCACGUUCAACACGAGGCUCGAGUAACCAUUUUUGAGGCUGCAUCGGUAUUGGUGAAUGCGGCGUUCCCGAAGCAGCAUCUUGGAGACCCACUCUUCGAACAUUGGGGCGCAUGCUCACAGUACCUGACACACGCCCAGAGCCUAGCCAGACACUGGGACACGGCACAGGCUCAAGGCUAUCCAAUACAGGCCUCAGAACACUUCAUUCAAUUGCUGUCGCAUGCCUCCUGGUAUCUACAUGAGAUCCAGGAUUACAAUAACGGCCUCAAACUCGUAGAUACAGGUAUACGCGCAGCUGGAGAUAGCCAUGAGGCUCUUGUCGCGCAUCUCUUGAACACGAGGGGUGUGAUGAGCAUCCGCCGGUAUGAGUAUGAAUUCGCCAAAGAGGCGCUGACGAAAGCCCUAGAGGUUCGUAUAAGGAUAUAUGGGAAUGCACAUCAAGAGACGGGUGACACGAGGCAGAAUCUAGCCUCGCUCACAGCCGCCAGAGGCUUCUAUGCCGAGGCUUACCAACUUUACAAGGACGCGGAAGCUGCAACUACGGAACACUCGUUCAAUGAAAAACGUCUAGCGGCAUGUCAAUAUGCCGCAAACUAUGGAAGAUGUCUCACAAUGCAAGGGGAAUACGAGGGAGCCCGGAAGAAUCUGGUUAAGAGUCGAGACAUUCUCAAGAAGGGAGCGGACAACCCGAUAUUUCGGCGCGCUAUUGAAUACUGUUUCGGAAACCUGAACUUGGCUGAAGGGAAGCUGAACGAGGCGCGAACGAAUUACCUGGAAUGCCUAAACGGAUAUGACGACCUUAUCAAGGACAAGAAUCGUCCACUGACGUGCGGCUGUCACAUCAAACUGGCGUCCAUUGCCAUGGAGCAUAAUCAUCCUGAGAUUGCAAUCCGCGAGAUAACAAGCGCAGUGAAGGUUGCACAGGGCUCAAAUGCACAGGGCGAUAUUGGCCGUGUUCUGCUCUCCAAAUUGGAGUACAUGAAAAGAUACCCCAGGCAACGGCCAAGCGGAUUCGAGUCGAUAGGAGAGCUUGAGCUCAAGGUACAGGCGGUCGCACAUAACCUGGAGGCAUCUGCAUCGCUUCCACCACCCACCUCUGCAAACGAAGGUAAUGCGACUUUCCACGAGCCAGGAAAGGUGUUCGAAUUUUUUAUUCCAUGGCAAGCUAGAUAAGGAAUAUUGAUGGCAUCGCAGCGGCUAAGCACACAUGUUUGUAUCUUUGUUAUACGCCUUUAUAGCGUAGGAAGCCUGUAAUACCGACAUGGCUGUCUGGAUAAACGACAAAACCAGUC